AUGGACGAAGGAUCAACGAUAACCCUGUUAGAUGCUCAGGUAGCAAAAACUGUUGGGAUCAAAGGUUUAAUUGAAUCAUUAGAAUUAGUUACUGUCGACGAUCUUAGAAUUAAAGAUAAAGAAAGCAAACGAGUUUCGUUUAAAAUCAGUGCAGUGGGUAGCAAUAUUACUCACUCUAUAACUAACGCCCGAACGUUAACAAACCUCAAACUCCCAAGUCAAUCUUUGGGAAACGACAUACUAAAACGAUAUCCGCAUAUAUCAAGGUUGCCGAUCGAAUCAUAUCAAAACGCGGUACCGACACUCUUGAUAGGUCAAGACCAUUGGGACUUAAUCGCACCCAUUAAAAUUGUUGCUAAAAUGCGCCAAUUACCUGCAGCCUCGCUUACCAAAUUGGGGUGGGUAGUACACGGGCAAGUUCCAGAGAACGCUAAUAAUACUAGUACAUGUUACACGAUAAAAGAACUCGGGUUUAGAAAAGAGUCGGAAGUACAAGCAGAUGAUAAAUUACAUAAAUUAGUAAAAUCACAUUUUAGUUUAGAGUGUAUAGGAAUUAGCGGUGCUACUCGCAGAAAUAAGUUAGAUAUCAAAGCAGAAGAAAUAUUAUUAAAAACCACUAAAAGGAUAAACAAGGGUUGGGAAGCAGGGUUAUUAUGGAAGGACGAAAAUACUCGAAUGCCCAAUAAUAGAACGGUCGCUCUGAAUAGGUUAAUGUCGAUAGAACGUAAGCUCGAUCGGGAUCCCGAAUACGGAAAACGAUACUGUCAACAGAUGGAACAUCUUUUAAAUGCAGGAUACGCGCGGAAACUCGAAAACAAAGAAAGCGAGAGUAAACGUAUCUGGUAUCUACCACAUUUCGGUUCCGUUAAUCCCAACAAACCUAAAAAGAUCCGGCUGGUAUUUGACGCAGCGGUUAAAUUUGCAGAAACUUCAUUGAACGGCAAUUUACUAUCAGGUCCAGCAUUAGUUCCUUCAUUAAUAGGUGUGCUCAUUAGAUUCAGAAGAAAAAAAAUCGCCUUUAUGGGUGAUAUUCGUGAAAUGUUUCUCCAAAUUAAAAUGCGUAAGGAUGACCAAGAUGCCCAACGGUUCCUGUGGCGCGGCAUGGAUCGGAUAAACGAACCUGAGACAUACGUUAUGACUUCCCUUAUAUUUGGGUCUACCUCUUCCCCCUGCACGGCGCAGUAUAUUAUGAAUAGAAAUGCUCAAGAGUAUAAAAACAAAUAUCCCUCGGCUGUACACGCGAUCCAAAAUGAUCAUUACGUUGACGAUUAUUUGGACAGUGAGGACACGGUAGAGGAAGCAGUACAGAAGAUAAGAGAAGUAAUUGAGAUACAAGAACAGGGGGGUUUUGAAAUCAGAGGGUGGGUCAGUAAUAGCGAGAAACUAAUAAAGGCACUGGCAAUCGAGAAAAAUGUUUGUGCUACAGUCGACUUGACAAAGGAUCAUGUAGAGAGGGCCCUCGGGGUGAAGUGGGAUUUAGAUACUGACAAGAUUUCAUUUAAUUUAAACACGCAGAAGUUGCCAAUGACUACUGCCGAAAAAACGAGACGAGUAACCAAACGACAGAUGUUAGCAGUUAUAAUGUCAAUCUACGAUCCUCUAGGUAUAUUAUUACCCUUUACCAUUAAAGGAAAGUUAUUGCUUCAGAAUGUUUGGCGUAGCAAAAUAGGAUGGGACGAAGAAUUGCUCAAGAACGAAUACGUCCAGUGGCAGGAAUGGAUUGCAGAUUUGACGAAGAUGGAAGACUACCGAAUCCCAAGACACUACUUUAAUACAAUGAAAAAUCCGGGAAAUCUAGAGCUCCACGUGUUCAGCGAUGCCAGUGAUAAGGCAUAUUCAGCCGUGGCCUACUUACGAUCGACUGAUAUAGGCGGUGAACACCACGUGUCAUUUAUUGUCGGAAAGGCCAGAGUAGGACCACUAAAACAAAUGUCAAUCCCAAGGAUGGAAUUACAAGGAGCCCUUAUUGCUAGUCGGUUGGCGAAAACAAUUACUGAAGAAAUGAGAUUGAACAUAAAAAAACGUAUUUUUUGGACUGACUCCCGCACUGUCCUUGCUUGGAUUAAAACAGAUCCCCUAAAAUACGAAAUGUUUGUUGCCCACCGUCUUGGUGAAAUUGACGAAAUUACAAAUCCAAAUGAAUGGCGAUGGGUGCCUUCUAGAGAAAACCCAGCAGAUAGUUCGACUAAAGGUUCCGGAAAAAUAGAAAGUCACAUGAAAAGAUGGAUUAAUGGUCCUUCAUAUCUACAAAAGGACGAAAGGUGCUGGCCGAAACAACAAGAUAUAAAACCCGAUGAAUCACGUACAGUAGAACUUAAACAAGAAUUUUCUGCUGUUCUAAAAUGUAACGAUGAUCGCAUACUACCCAAUAUCAAUCACAUCUCAAAGUGGCUAUGUCUAAUACGUUGCACCGCGUGGAUACUCCUUUCGCCCCGUAUUUGGAAAGGCGAACGAAAUCUUCAUCUCGACCCAGAACACUUAGAGAAAGCUGAACUAUUGUGGAUAAAAGAAGUUCAACAAGUUUGUUUCGCUAAAGAAUUGUACCAAACAAGAAACAAGAUACCAUUAUCGAGAGAUAGUCGGCUUGUUAAUCUUACCCCUUUGAUGGACGAAAGGGAAGGAAUCCUUAGAGUGGAUGGAAGAAUAAAUUCAGCUGAAGGAAUACCUGAAAACGCGAAGUCACCAAUCAUAUUAGACGGAAAGCACCGCUACUCCAGGUUGUUGAUACAAAGUCAUCACGAGAAGUUCGGUCAUGCGAAUCCUGAGAUCGUAGUAAAUGAACUAAGACAAAAAUAUUGGAUUUUAGGGUUACGUGCAACUAUUAGAUCAGUAGUAUCCCGAUGUCAAUGGUGCCGCGUCCGAAAAUCGAAACCCCUGAUACCUAGAAUGGGUGACUUACCCGUAGAAAGGCUAAGGCAUCACCACAGACCAUUUAGUUUUUGCGGUCUAGACUACUUUGGGCCAAUGACGGUUACUGUGGGUAGGCGACACGAAAAACGAUGGGGAGUACUUGUCACAUGCCUCACAACUAGAGCGAUCCACGUAGAGAUGGCUUCGUCGCUGUCCACGGACUCCGCCAUAUUGGCAUUAAGACGUAUGAUGGCUAGGCGCGGAAAUCCAAGUGAAAUAUUUUCAGAUAACGGUACGAAUAUGGUCGGUGCUAAUUCGGAACUGCAAAGGUCGGUUAAAGAGAUCGAUUAUGAAUUGUUCGAAUAUGAGAUGACGAAUCGGGGAAUAAAAUGGCGCUUCAUACCUCCGGGAACGCCGCAUAUGGGAGGUGCAUGGGAGAGGAUGGUUAAAAGUGUAAAGAUAGCGCUAAACGCUAUACUUAAUUCGAGGGCUCCGAAGGAGGAAGUGUUGAGCACGCUGCUGACGGAGGUAGAACAUACAAUUAAUAGUCGACCUCUCACACAUCUAUCAAUGGACCACCAAGACCAUGAGAGCCUAACACCGAACCAUUUUCUCCUCGGUUCCUCAUCAGGAGUAACGGUACCUGGAAGGUUUUCUGAUCACGAUUUAUAUUCCCGAAAAACGUGGCGAAUCUCCCAACGGUUGGCCGAUAUGUUCUGGGCCCGUUGGAUAAGGGAGUAUUUGCCCAACCUCGUUGCGAGAAAAUGCUGGUCACAAGAGGUUCGAGCAUUGGAAGUAGGUGACUUAGUGUUAAUCGUCGAUGCAACUUCGCCCAGGAAUUCAUGGCCCAGAGGAAUAAUAAGGAAGAUUAUUCCGGGCAAAGACGGGAGAAUACGUUCGGCGGAAGUCGAAUCAAGAGGUAAACGGAUUAGGAGGUCAACCGCCAAUCUCAUUGUGAUAGUUCCUGCUAAAAGUACAGAAAAUGUGUCUUUCCGUACUGGGGGGGAGAAUGUUAACGAUUAA